GCAUCAGUUGGUCGCUCAGCUCAGCUCAGCUACACAGCUGCAAAAGCCAGCCAAGAUCGACUAUAACCAGUCCGUCUCAUCAUGAAGAUUGCUUUUCUGCUGGCCGCCUUGUGCGGAAUGCUGUUGGCCACCACGGCCAUGACGUUCGACGACGAUGAAAUGGACCAAUUAGAAGAUCCCAUGUCCAUGGGAAAAUGCCGAGGAUGUGCGUGGAGAGACAACGACCUGGAGGAACCCGUAACGGCUGACGAAAUCGAAGAUAUGAUGCACAUGAUGGAUCCUCAAGGCAGACGUCGUGGUGGCGGAGGAGACCGAAGAGGUGGGUACCGAAGAGGUGGAGAUCGAAGACGUGGAUACGGAGAUGGAAGAGGUGGUUACAACGAAGACAUUUUCCAAUCGCCAGCAACAACCACCGGCGAUGAAAUGAUGCAGGAUCCUCUACUUGGCUUCGGAUGGGGUUGGGGAAGCCCAUGGGGCGGAUGGGGUGGUUGGGGAAGAAGAGGCUGGGGUGGUUGGGGAAGAAGGGGCUGGGGUGGAUGGGGAAGAAGAGGCUGGGGCCGUCGCUAUUUCGACUCGGACGACAGCAGCAACCAGGAAAUGCAAGGAGAAGAACCGGAAGCAAUCAGCGCCGACGAUUUAGAAGAUAUGAUGAUGCUGGAUCCUCAGGGUGGGAGACGCGGUGGAUAUAGAGGAGACCGGGACCGCUACAGAGGAGACCGUGACCGUUACAGAGGAGACCGUGAUCGCUACAGGGGAGACCGUGACCGCUACAGGGGAGACCGUGACCGUUACAGAGGCCGUCGCAACGACAUGGAACUCUAACGGAAACAAGCAUUUAAUGGCUUUUGGUGAUUGUGAUGUUGAAUAUUCAUCAACAUUGGGUUAUAGUUAAAUAAUGUGUAAUUUCACUCCGAAUUCCUUGUUUCGAAUGCUGCCGAUUGAACAUGCUUGUAUCCAUUUGUGUUUUCUUGGAAUUGUAUUUUGAAAUCAAAUUUGUGUAGUGAAAAUAUACAUCUGAUGCAUCCAAA